AUGUCACCCCAGAAAGCAAUCAAGGGGCAAGCAUUGGCCGACCACUUAGCAACCCACUCUCUGCCGGACUAUCAACCAUUGAAGACCUUCUUUCCCGACGAGGAUAUUCUCCUGAUUGAGGAGGAAGAAGGAAGAAAGACCAAGGAUGAAAAGUUGAUUCCAUAUCAUGUCUACCUGAAAAAUUUAGCCGAGGAAUUUAAGGAGAUCACAUUCUCUUACAUGCCCCGAAUCAAGAACCAAUUUGCAGACGCUUUGGCCACUCUCGCCUCAAUGCUGGAAAUCCCGAAAGGAGUUGCUGAAUGGGAACUCACCGUCGAACUCCAGGAGGAGCCCGCAUUCUGCCUACAGAUUGAUGAAGCAGAACCUCCCUCAAAUGAUCAGUAA